ACAAAGAACAUUGUGGCGACCUCUCUGUUUAAAGUAUAUACAUACAUAUAACUAACUUACGUGCUAAGUAUUUAUGUAAACGUUAUACAUACAUGAAUUUAUGAUCUCUCGAAUUUAUAAGAGAGUUUCGACACGUGUUCUGUGGUUUUGAUUUUUAAUUAAUUAUACAUAAUAUGAAUUACAAAUUUGAUAUAUUUUAAUAUUGUUAUAUAUAUCUGUCUUUCCAAAAUGCAAGUAUCUUGCCCGAAUGAUGUGAAAAUAUAUAAUCUAAGCGCUGGGAAGUCUCUUCCAGAGUGGUUAUCGGAACGUAAAAGACGUAAUUUAUUGAAGAAAAAUGUUGAUAUUCGGCGUCGAAUCGAACUUAUCCAAGAUUUUGAUAUGCCUGGUGUUAGCACUUCAAUCAAAAUAUCAAAUGAUGGACAAUAUAUAUUAGCGACAGGUAUAUAUAAGCCACGUGUCAAAUGCUUUGAUGUAAAGAAUCUGUCUUUAAAAUUUGAAAGAUGCUUCGAUUCUGAAGUUGCUGCUUUUGACAUAUUAUCAGAUGAUUAUAGCAAACUGGUAUUUCUACGCUAUGACAGAGGCAUAGAGUUCCAUGUUGCUUAUGGGAAAUAUUAUGUAAUCAGAGUACCUCGUUUUGGAAGGGAUAUAAAAUAUCAUUAUCCAUCUUGUGAUCUUUUUGUUGUGGGAGAUAGUAGCGAGAUUUACAGAAUAAAUCUUGAAAGAGGACAAUUCUUGCAGUCUUUCUUGACAGAGGCACCAUCCAUAAAUAAAUGUGAAAUAAAUCCUGUACAUCAUCUUCUUACUGUUGGAACAGAAGAGGGAAAAGUAGAAAUGUGGGACCCCCGAGUUAGAAAUAAAGUUGGUAGUUUAGACUGUGCUUUACAUUGUGUUGGAGAAGAUAAUAAAUUAGAAAAAGUACCUGCGGUUACUAGUUUAAGCUAUCAAGGAGGUUUAACACUUGGAGUAGGUACAUUGACUGGACAAAUAUUAUUAUACGAUAUUCGUUCCAGUAAACCAUUUUUGGUUAAAGAUCACAUGUAUGGGUUGCCUAUUAAAAAUAUUGAAUUCCAUCGAACAAUGGAUAUGGUUUAUUCUAUGGAUAGUUCUAUUGUGAAAAUAUGGGAAAAAAAUAAUGGUAAAUUGUACACAUCCAUAGAAGCCCAGCACGAUUUUAAUGAUAUAUGUGUUAUACCAAACACUGGAAUGCUUUUAAUUGCCAAUGAACAUACGAAAAUGCAAACGUUUUACAUUCCUUCCCUUGGCCCAGCUCCCCAUUGGUGUAGUUUUCUGGAUAAUCUGACUGAAGAACUAGAAGAAUUAAAUUACGAUAUCAUUUAUGAUGAUUAUAAAUUUGUAACUGAAAAAGAGUUAGAAGAAUUAAGCCUUUCGCACUUGAAAGGCACUAAUCUUCUUAGAGCUUAUAUGCAUGGCUACUUUAUGGAUAUUCGAUUGUAUAAGAAAGCAAGAGAUGUAAUGAAACCAUUUGAAUUCGAACAAUAUAAGAAAAAGAAAAUUCAGCAAAAGAUGGAAGAAACUCGCGGUAGUAGAGUACAGAUUCAAAAAAUGCCGAGUGUAAAUAAAGAACUUGCAUUAAAGUUAAUGGAUGACGAAACAAAUGCGAAGAAAAAGAAAAAUAUUUCUUCCAAUCUUCUAACAGAUGAACGUUUCAAACAACUGUUUACUAAUCCAGAUUUUCAAGUGGACAAAAAUUCGGCAGAAUAUACGUUGUUAAAUCCCGUUAUCUCACAACUUAGUAAGAGUAAAGCAAAGAAGUUAAAAGCCAAGGUUGAGAAAGAAAUGGAAGAAGAGAUGGAAAUUGAUCCAAUGGGAGAUGAACAUCAUGAUAAUAGUUCAGAUGAAAGCUUUAUUCAUGAUGAUAGUAGUUCAGAAGAUGAGAAACAAUGGGUUAAAGAAAUGAAAAAUCAAUAUCGGUUGAUAAAAAAGAACGAAAGACAAAUGCAAGAGAAUGAUGAAAGCGUGACAGAUAAUAACGAACGUAUUCAGAAUGAACCUCAAUUCUAUGAAAUCAAAGAGAAUGUCGAAUUUAAAGAUGCGAAACCGGUGGCAAAGAAACAAAGCAAAGCUACUUUGGGAGAGAGAUUGAGAAGAAAUGAAAAUGAGGGUCUUAAAAUUUCUAGUUCACGUGGUAACAGAGAAAUGACUUUCUCUAUUGAGAAGAAACAGACAAAGCGAAGAAAAUUACUGGUGAAGAGACAUGAAAAAGAAUAUAAACAUCUACUAAGACCAGCAGGAAAUUUAUCUAAAAGAAAAUAUUAAUAUCUAUCAUUGUAUUUAAUUUGUUAAAUGUUAGGUAAUUCUUUUCUAGAAUAAAAAAUAUUUUUACAUCAUCUA